AUGCCGCGGCCGGGGAAGAACUCGUACAGCGACCAAAAGCCGCCCUACUCUUACAUCUCGCUGACCGCCAUGGCAAUCCAGCACUCGGCCGAGAAGAUGCUGCCUCUGAGCGACAUCUACAAGUUUAUCAUGGAGCGCUUCCCCUACUACCGCGAGCACACACAGCGCUGGCAGAACAGCCUGCGCCACAACCUCUCCUUCAACGACUGCUUCAUCAAGAUUCCGCGGCGCCCCGACCAGCCUGGCAAGGGUAGCUUCUGGGCGCUGCACCCCGACUGCGGGGACAUGUUCGAGAACGGCAGCUUCCUGCGGCGUCGCAAGCGCUUCAAGGUGCUGCGCGCCGACCAUACUCACCUGCACGCGGGAAGCACCAAGGGCGCGCCAGGCGCCGGGCCGGGAGGGCACCUUCACCCCCAUCACCACCACCACCCCCAUCACCACCAUCAUCACCACGCUGCCGCGCACCAGCACCAUCACCCACCCCAGCCGCCGCCCCCGCCGCCCCCGCCGCCGCCGCACAUGGUGCACUAUUUCCACCAGCAACCGCCUACUGCUCCGCAGCCGCCUCCGCAUCUCCAGUCGCAGCCCCCGCAGCAACCGCCCCAGCAGUCGCAGCCUCAGCAGCCGUCUCAUCCCGGCAAGAUGCAGGAGGCGGCGGCCGUGGCGGCGGCGGCGGCGGCGGCCGCGGCAGCCGCGGUGGGCAGCGUGGGACGCCUGUCUCAGUUCCCACCUUACGGGCUGGGCUCGGCCGCCGCCGCUGCCGCCGCGGCCGCUGCGUCCACAUCAGGCUUCAAGCACCCCUUUGCCAUUGAGAAUAUUAUUGGCCGGGACUACAAGGGCGUGCUGCAGGCUGGAGGGCUGCCCUUGGCGUCCGUCAUGCACCACCUGGGCUACCCCGUGCCCGGCCAGCUCGGCAACGUCGUCAGCUCAGUGUGGCCGCACGUUGGAGUCAUGGAUUCAGUAGCUGCCGCCGCGGCCGCCGCAGCCGCAGCCGGAGUCCCAGUAGGCCCGGAGUAUGGGACCUUCGGGGUCCCGGUCAAGGCCCUGUGCCACUCUGCAGGCCAGAGCCUGCCUGCCGUGCCGGUGCCCAUCAAGCCCACGCCUGCGCUGCCGCCCGUGUCCGCGCUGCAGCCGGGGCUCACUGUCCCCGCGGCUUCGCAGCAGCCUCCGGCGCCAUCCACCGUGUGCUCCGCGGCCGCGGCCUCGCCGGUUGCCUCUCUGCUGGAGCCCACAGCCCCUACUGCGGCGGAGAGCAAGGGCGGCUCCUUGCACUCGGUGCUAGUGCACUCCUAG